CGGUUAACUCUCCGGAAUUAAAGAGAAAACAACAAAAUUUCUCUCCUUUUCAAGAGCAUUUUAAUAGAAGUGGGAGUAGCGAUGUAGUAAGUUUUAAUAGUUUAAGCAGAGAUGCAGUUUUAGUUUCUCCUAUUCCUGUUAUAGGUCAUCAAUAUGAUUGUGAUUACAGCGAUAAUGAAAUACGCGAUUAUAAAGAUAUAGCAGGAUUUUCUACUGAUGCUCCGCAGUGUCAGUGGAAUAGUUUUUGGCAAAGAAUAGCAGUUAAUUAUUGUCAUAUGCGAAUUGACAGUAGACCAAAAUAUUACGAACACCAAGAAUAUUUAACGGAAAAUGCUAAUCAAAAUAGACAUGAGCGACCUCAAAUUCAAUAUGUUAAUCUUUCUGCUUUAAAAGAGCAGGCGAUUUCUGAGAUUAAUGGUGAAUUAGCCAAAAAAGCAAUUGAAGGUUAUAAGAGGGAAAUUUUUUCCAAUAUUAAAGAGAUAAGGGAAGCAAAAGUGGCUCAAAGACAAUCUACUAAACAACUUAUCGCUGAAAUCAACCGCCUAAAAUCUGAAAAUGAAAGGUUAAGAAAUAACCAAAAUUUAACUAGUUCCGAACGACAAAAUAGAUUACAACAAAAUCAGCAAAAAUUAGAGCAAAUUCAGAGAAUUUUUGAUUCCAAAGAUACUCAACAACAACCAACUAACAAUAAUUUCCCUACUAGUUUGGUGUGCGUUCCGGUGUCAAGCAACACAAUUGAUAAAGAGUUUGAGUUUGUAUUGGUUAAAUCAGAAGCCUUAAAUAGCAUUAGGCAAGAUUAUUCCAGUUUCCAAGAACAUUUUAGAAAAAGCAGUGAUAACCAAGCAGUAAGUUUUUUAAGUUUUAGUGGCGAUACGCUAAUUGUCCCAGUUCCGAAGGUCGGUGAGAAAAUGGAAGAAAACUUGAUUAAUGCUAAUGGGGCUACUCGUUGGUUAUCAACUAGUGGUCUAGGAAUUUCUUAUUUACAUGUCAGAAUUGACCGGAGACCGAAAUAUUAUUCUCACCAAGAAUAUUUAACGGAAACUCAACAACAGCAAGAAAUUCCACCAAAGAAUUGGUAA